AUGGCGGCGCAGCACAUUCCCGGGGCCUUCCCCUCCUCGAUCCCACCCACUCCAGCCGACGAACCUGUGCAGCAGCCCCGGCAGUACCCGGAAGAGCAAGACCAAGGUCACCACCACCGUGAGCUCAACAAGCUCCCCAAGGCGACCGAUUCCCGCGGCCACGCUCAUACCGAUUCCGGUGUCAACUUUACCGAGUCCGAGGCCAUCCAACCAGCCAAGGGCAACAAUGACCGCUGGGUUGGACCAUCAGAAGCAGUUGGUGGGGGCACCUACGUCCGAGACGAUGUUGGACCCUACCAGACCUCCCAGCCAGCAGAUGAUGGAUCGUUACAACCAAGACAGUUGGCCAAAGAGAACAGUGAUGAAGAGUUCCCGAUCCGAAGGAACAAUGCCAAUGAGAAGCCACUUGGUGCUGCUGCCGUAGGCGCUGGGGCUGAAGCAGCCACCCGUGACCACAACACGAUUGACAGCACCGACAUAACCCCGCGUCGAAGCCACGAGCAACGCUCCGACCCACCAUACUGGGGCGACCUCCCAAAGGCUUCCAGCGGAGGUAUCUAUAACACGGUGACAGGUCAUGGCAGCGCGCAGGACGACCAUAACCAGCACCAUCAUCACCCUCAAAGGGGUACUGGAGUAUAUAACUCAGUAUCCGGCCACGGCAGCCAGGAUGCAGAGAGCAGGCGCCACAACCAGGCUGCCACAACCGGCGACAGGAAUGCCACGGCUGGCGGCCUCGGCGGUGCUGUGCUUGCUGCCCCCCUUUCGGAGAUUCCUGAAGGGCAGCAGAAGCAGACAUUCUCUGAAACUGACAGGUCCAAUGUCCCACCUCCUUCGCUCCCCCACAGCGUCUCGCGGGACAAUGCUUUGGUUGCAGCGCCUGGCUCAGGCCCGACCGACCGUGAGAUCAACGUGAGCCGACAGUCCCCCACCCAACGAGCAUUCCCGCUUUCGUCAUCUCCCAAGAACGCGCGCGACGAUGAAGCUACGUCGACAUCGAACAGCCGCAACGCUGCUCUUGCAGGCACCGCUGCCCUCGGUGCCGGUGCCGCGGCUUACGGCAUGGCGGACAAGAAUAGGAACGACAAGGAUGCUCAGAAUUCCCACACCGAGACUCAGGCUAGGCACUCGAGGAGCACUAGUGAGGAUCAGGGCACUCGUGCUGCCGGCGGGCUCCUUUCGCGUAAGCCGCGGGAUGAUAGACGCAACUCGUCUGUCGACAAGCACAGGAGCCGGAGCCGAUCCGUCCAAGGCGAGAAGAAGCACAAGGUUCUUGGCAUCUUCAGCCGGCACAAGGACGAGGAGAGGCUUCAGGAAGAUACCUCGACCCACGAGCAUCCCGCGCAGAGGCUGAGCGCAACCAGAGCCUGUUCUGGUUGA